GAAUUUAGCCACCGACGCCGACACUGCGAUGGGCAAGUCUGACAUUCAAGACGUCAAACUCCAUGUGAACGAGCCCAAGGACCCGUUUGAGGUCAAGCACGGAUACAACUACGACUACGUGUUCGUGUUCAAGGUGCAUGAUGAAACGGAGGAACUGACGCAGAUUCAGAAGGAUCUGUCGAUGCGUACGAUCCUGCAGCGCUUGGCAAACGCCGGUUUGGAAACCAAGAUGUUUUACUCAACGUCCCGUGACUUGGUCUUCUGCAAGAUCCGCGCGUCGUUGGAACGCUUAUGCAAGGAAGCCGACCGCAUCGAUCUCAAGUUGGAAUUUGAUGCUGACGAACUCAAGCGCGUUGCGGAAGCGGGGUAUGCGGACCGUGGCAUCGCACCCAUUCGCAUCAAGGACGAUGCGAAGUUGACCCACCGCAAGGCGUUCGACAACAUCUUUGCUAAAUUUGACAUGGAGCCCCGUUUGCAACCCCUGUACAAGAAGUACGGUCACAAGAAGAUCCCAUUCCGUGGUGUUGACCGCAUCAAGCUCAUCUUGAGCAUCAUCCAUGCGUCCACGACCGAUGGCGGCUGCCACUUGAACAUCACGACGUUGACGCUGAAGAACUGUCUCGUCACCGCGUACGCCCUUCACGACGAAGAAGAGCAAGAAGCGGUGACCAAGAAAUGGAUCAACUGGUCCAGUCUUCCGUGGCAACAGCCUUUCUCCGACAUCAAGGACUACUACGGUGAAAAAGUCGGUCUCUACUUUGUUUGGUUGGGCCACUACACGACUUGGCUCAUCGGACCGUCCAUCGUCGGGAUUGCCAUGCUCGUGGACAUUGUUAUUGAACGUACCGUGGACGCACGACUCAUUUCCGCGUUUGGUCUCUUCAUGGCGUUGUGGGGCACGGUAUACUUGGAAAGCUGGAAGCGCCGUAACUCGGUCGUAAAGCUCGAGUGGGGUAUGGAUGGUUUUGAGGAAGAACAAGAGGAUCGUGCCGAGUUUGACGGCGAGGAGGUCGAAUCGCCGGUCGAUGGCCGCCCAAUGCGCUACUUCAGCCCGGCGAAGCAGCGCAGCCGUGUGUGCGCGUCCUUGAUCUUUAUCUUCAUGUUGAUCCUCAUGGUGAUCGGCGCGGUGGCAGCCAUCUUUGUCUUCCGUUACUUUGCCCGCAAGGGUCAUGCGUUGGAAUCGUUGGUGACCAUCAACGGCAUCAACUUGAGUGCGCCGAUUGGAGCCACGUUGAACGCGGUGCAAAUUCAAGUAAUGAACGGCAUCUACGGCACGAUUGCCGUUCGAUUGAACAACUACGAAAACCACCGCACGGACACCGAGUACGAAGACAACUUGAUCGCCAAGACUUUCUUGUUCCAGUUUGUCAACUCGUACGCGAGUUUGUUUUAUAUUGCGUUCAUCAAGAAUUCGAUCCCGGACAACGAGUGCUCGGACCCGGCCAAGGGCGGUUGUAUCUACGACUUGAUGUUUUCGCUCGGAAUUAUUUUCGGCCUUCGGUUGACGUCGGGCAACUUCUUUGAAGCCGUCUUGCCUUACCUGAAGCGAAAGAUGGCCGCGCGAUUCCGCAAGACGGACUCGCCCGAGGACGGUGUCCAGCGCCACUUGUCUGUCGCUGAAGAACAAAUGCACUUGGGUGUGUACGACAACAUGGGGAUCUUUGCCGACUACAACGAAAUGAUCAUCCAGUUUGGGUACAUCACACUGUUCGUCGUGUCGUUCCCGCUCGCGCCGUUCCUGGCGCUGUUGAACAACUACUUUGAAAUCCGCAUCGACGCGUUCAAGCUCGCCAAAGAGUCGCGCCGCCCCAACCCGCACGGCGCCGAAGACAUUGGGACUUGGCAAACAAUUCUUGAAAUCAUGGGCACGAUCAGUGUCCUCACCAACGUGGCGGCCGUCGUAUUUGUGUCGAACCACACGUUCUCGGGCGUGUCGAUGGAGACCAAACUGUGGACGUUCGUCGUCGUCGAGCACCUCAUCCUCCUCUUCAAGUACGCGCUCUCGAUUGCGAUUGACGACGUGCCGGAAGAUGUCAAGCUUCAAUUGGACCGCAGCAAGUUCUUGGUGAGCAAGGUUGUGCAUUUGAUUCAAGAUGACGACGACGCCGACUUGGUCAAGGGCAACAAGCUCAAGGUUGACCUCACCAUCUUCGACGAAGAUGCGUAAGCAAUCCGCAUCCCGUUAGCCAGAAUCUUUGCAUUUUGGAAAGCAGCAGCAGGUGUGUUGUGCGUGUGUGCCGUGUCCGAGGUGUAACUACUAAUGGCACCAUUCUUAUUCCAA